AUGGAAGAGUUGCAAAGAAGGAUUGAGGAACUAGAAAAAGAAUUGGAGCAGAAAAACGCAUAUAUAGAAAAACUAGAAGGAGAAUUAGGAAAAAAAUCAUUAUUGCCAGCUUUGGCAGUUAUGCUGAAUAAAGUUCAACCAAAUCUGACGAAACCUCAAAUGGUUUCAGUGGAAUCUUUAAAAUUUUUCACAAGAUUAAUCGGAAAUGCAAUUCAUAUUCAAUUUCCUGAAACUCUAAAGCGAACAGAUACACUUAGACAUCUAGAAGAAAAGCCAAAAAGAAAUUUUAAAAAUUCUGCACAAAAUUCUGAAAUCAGCAAAUUAUUUGAUAGGAUAAACCCUUUAAUAGAACAAAAAUCAAUCAUGAACGCUGAAAUAAAAUCACGAAUAAAAAAACUUAAAGAAGAAUAUAAAGCUAAAAAAAUCAUUAUUAGAGAAACAUACCAAGCAAUGAGAAACCGAAUUGAUUCCCAUAUAUUCGAAUUAAUAGAAAAGCUCCAGACUGGGUUCGGAAAAACUAUUUUAUUAGAAAAAGAUACUGAGCGUGCUUACCUUACUUACUUAACUUAAUUAUCUGGUGUUUAAGUGUCUAGUGCCGCAGCCCAAAAAGGACCUAUGGCAAAACUAGUGACGUAGGCAAGCCAUCUUGGAACAGGUCAGCCCUGACCAAGCCUUCUAUCAACUCCUGCUUCACCAGCCUUGCUGGAGCGUGCUUAUCAAUUGCUUGAAAUCGUCAGAGAAGAAAAUGAUUUUUAUUUUAAGAUGAUAAAAUAUGCUGAUAAAAAUGGAAUUGCACUAUUGAGACCUAGAAAUAUAGAAAUAUCUUUAAAUGACCUAAAAGGAGUUAUCGCUCUUUCAGAAGAAGACAGUAAAGCCUUUAUGGACUCUUUAGACGAAAACAUAAUUACUGUUGUAUAUCAGAUUAUUGAAUUUGACGACGAACAAAGCUGCUGCCCUAUCGAAAUUUCUCCUCAAGGCUUACCGCUUUCAGACUACUCAAUUAUUUUUAACAAAGACAAAAUAAUAAAAGUAGAUGGCAAAGACGGCACUGUGAAAUUUAACCAAGUUUUGAUAAGUGAAGACUGCGGGUUUGUCUAUGAAUCAGUCAUAGAAAUUUUUACCUCAGAAUUGUCACCUCAUGUAAUAAAUUUAUUACAUGUCCAUGUAGAAGACACAUCUGAAGAAAUCCCCAUAGAAGUUGUAUAUAUUUUACCUGAACAAAGCUGAUCUGAUUAUACGAAUUUUGAAAAUGACGCAAAAGGAGUCCCUUUACGGUACAAAAUUAUUGUAAAAGAAGGAAAAGUUAACACUGUUUUAUAUAACACAGGCACUGGGCACAAAGAGCUGCCAUUUAUAGAAAAAAAAAUUAAAAUUGGGGAUAAUUUUUGUAUUCAAGACAAUAGCAUUGCACAAGUUAAAUUAAUUCCUACAGGAUAUACAUAAAAUGGCGUAUGGCGACCGACCCACCCUCCCAGUGGUGGUUACCCAUGUAUAUCCGGGCAUGGUUUUUUGGAGCCAGGAAUUAGCCCAACAGUGUCCGGGACCUCGAAGCGAGAGGCCUAAGCGCGAGAACCGCUGUUUUUGCGACCAGACCCAUGGGCAGUUAUUCGUGACUUCUUUUUGCCAGCAGCGCUCAGCCCAGUGAGUGCCCGAAAUGAGGCAGGGUGAAUUACCUGCCUAAGCUGCUUUAGUGGCUCGCCCCGAAUGGCGAAAGCUGUUGAGUUCUUUCUCGGGAUGACCGGAAAAGAGGGGAGGCGAGUUAGACAUCGAGACGGGGGUCUCUCCAGUUUAAAAGGUGCCCUUCAAUGGGCAGAUCUGGCGGACGACGAAGCGGAGUUGGCGUAAACUUAGGCGACGAUCCAAGUUGGAAAUGGAGGUGGUCAGCAAAGCCGGUAUAAGACGGCCCUUGACAAUACCUCUACCGAGAAACCGGGGGUUUCGGCCCGGGCUUGGUGAACGCUCUGCCACCACACGGGAAACCGUGGCAUGCGACCUCGGACGUAGUAGGGACCUUAAAUACCCAGCGUAAUCUUAAUCUUAAUCUUAAUUCCUACAGGGAUGCUGGGGAGAAGUUGGCAAGCAAGAGACACUGAAAUUAACCCAAUUUUUACAAAAAAUCCACCAGAUUCUUUUUGCCCUGGAAGACAUAUUGAAGAUUUGCCUGGGAAUAUUGAUAUGAAAAUUGUCUGCGAAAACGGAGAAUUGGUUGCUAAUGGAAAAGAGUUUGCGUAUCCUGUUUGCUUAUGCAAAGCUUUGGAAGGAACACAAAUAAAUAGUUUCAAUGAGCUUAAAGAACAAAAAGAAACACACAAAAUAAAUAAUUUGUUAGAAAAUUUAGAAAAUUUGAAAAGAUGCGUUGAAGAGUUUAAAUCAGGGAAUAUUCGUGAUAAAAAGGAUUUAUUGAAUAGAAUGACACUAGACUUAAUAUUUAAAUUAAAUUUCUGAUCAGAACGAUCGACUCACCCUAGACACCACUAGGAUGUCUCAGCUACUUUAGAACUCCAGUUUCCUCUCCAGUUGUUGCUGGUGGAGUGUGGGCAGCCUCUGUCGUUAGACUAUGUAGGUUUGGGGACUUACUCGCCGCUUGCUCUAUCUCAGCCUUCACUGAUCUGCUCCAGCCGCUUUUUUCUUACCUUCAACUGGACACCCGUAAUCAAGUGUUGCUGCAGUAGGCAAAAGCCCUUUUUAGGAGAACAAAACUAUCUUGCAGAUAGAACAAGUAGAAUGACACAAUUUUCAGUUUCCUCAAGAGAAGGAAUUUCUGAAAAGCCUGAAUUAUUAGCUGAAUGGGGUCCAAUUUUGCAGAUAUCCGAUAGAGCAUUGAGGAAUUUAGCUACUGAUAUAAGGUUCGGUGCCUAA